AAUAUUCUUGCUCCAAAUCCGCCAGAAACGGCAAAUAUACGAACUAACAAGUGUCUCUGGGCAUUGCCAGCAACAUUUUUCCACCCAGUGCAACGAAUCCGUGAUUAUAACCGACACUAGUGCCGUACACACUCGAUUAUCUAACGACAAUAUUUUUGGCUUUAACUUGUGUUUGUAUUUGCUUUCGACCAGAUUUCGAUUCAACGUGCUGUGCUUCAAGUAGGCAGAACCUCGGACAACAUAGCAACCAUUUCAGGGCCGGCAUGGGCACUCGUAAAUUUACAGUCUAAAAAGAAAAUUCUAUCAAGCACAACACAAUAAGAAAUCUAAAAAAAAAAUCAGUUUCGCCCCCAUAUUUUUUUCGUUAUUGCAAUUUAGUUCAUGGUUCAUUUUACGACGCAAAAACAUAGACACACACAUACACACACUCCCUCCAGACUGCAGCAGCUGUUUUGCAGACGAACGAUAUCGAUUACACACGCGAUUACCAUCGUACAGUAAAUACUGAAGGGCAGGGCGCCCCCGCAGUGGCGUUGAACGUUUAUAGGAAAAUAAGAAUAAAGGCAGCACAGUACUACGACGGCAGCCGCAGGGAAAGAUGUCUGUGAGACUGUUGACCGUGCGACUGAUCAAACAUGGUCGCUACAUUCUGCGCAGCUACUGUCACCGUGAGAUACACGCCAACAUUUUGGAGCCAAACCCUUUGAAAACACGCAGCAAGCGAGGCUUUCCCCUACCAUCCUCCAGCGCCGCGGCAAAUGCAACGCGGAAUGCGCCACAGCAGGUGGCCAGAUCGGCACCAUCGCCGGUCAGUGUCCUGCCCCGCAAUGGCGUCCCGUCCAGUGGCAGCGGCAGUGGCCUCUUCCGCAUCGGCCAGCAGGCGCGCAAGCUCUUCAUCGACAACAUCUUGAGUCGCGUCACCACAAACUACUCGGAGGAGCUGCGCAAGCGGGCCACACGCAAGCUCUUCUACGGCGACUCGGCGCCGUUCUUUGCUCUGAUUGGUGUGAGCCUGGCCACCGGCUCGGGUGUGCUCAGCAAGGAGGAUGAGCUCGAGGGCGUUUGCUGGGAGAUACGCGAGGCUGCCAGCCGCCUGCAGAACGCCUGGAACAAGGACGAGAUCUCCGAGACGCUCAACAGCAACUUCACCAUCGACGACCUCGAAGUGGGUGCGCCCAUAGCCAAAGGCUGUGCGGCCGUUGUCUACGCGGCCAACUUCAAGAAGAGCCAAAAAGAGAGCUCAGAGCUCGGCUCUGAUCCCGAGGUGCCGCCCGUGCCUUCAGCUGUGCCCACAGCGGCCAGUGCAUCGACUGUGUGGCGUCACGAGCUGAUGACGCCGCUGCAGAAUAUGUCGCGAUUUGUGCACAACUUUGGCGGCUCUGUGGACAACAUCCUGAGCUACAGUCAACCCUCGGCGGCGAGCGAUUUUGUGGGCGCCAUGAGGCGCGAACAGGAGCUGGAGACCGAGCGGGAGACCGAGCCAGCUGGCGUAUCCCCUGCAAUGAGUCCACGGCUGGCUGGCAAAUUGGAGAGCUCCAUUGACGCCUACCCGCUGGCCCUCAAGAUGAUGUUCAACUACGACAUCCAGAGCAACGCCCUGUCCAUACUCCGGGCCAUGUACAAGGAGACGGUGCCGGCGCGCCAGCGGCGCAUGAACACAGCGGCCGAGGAGUGGGAGCGCCUGCUGCAGAACCAAACGCUGGUGCUGCCGCCGCAUCCGAAUAUCGUCUGCAUGUUCGGCUUCUUCUGCGACGAAGUGCGCAACUUUCCCGACGGCCAUCUGCUCUACCCGAUCGCCCAGCCGCAGCGCAUCAAUCCGCAGGGCUAUGGCCGCAACAUGUCGCUCUACCUGCUGAUGAAGCGCUACGAUCACAGCCUGCGCGGCCUGCUCGACACGCAGGAGCUGAGCACGCGCACGCGCAUCCUGCUGCUGGCCCAAAUGCUCGAGGCCGUCACCCAUCUCAGCCGCCACGGUGUGGCCCAUCGCGACCUGAAGUCGGACAAUGUGCUCAUCGAGCUGCAGGACGACAAGUCGCCGGUGCUGGUGCUGUCCGACUUUGGCUGCUGCUUGGCGGACAAGGUGCAUGGCCUGCGGCUGCCCUACGUCUCGCACGAUGUCGACAAGGGCGGCAAUGCGGCUCUGAUGGCGCCAGAGAUAUUCAACACGAUGCCGGGCCCCUUUGCGGUGCUCAACUACGGCAAGGCCGAUCUGUGGGCCUGCGGCGCGCUGGCCUACGAGAUCUUCGGCAUGCGCAAUCCCUUCUACUCGUGCAGCGGCGGGCUGGCGCACGAGCGCGGCGAGCUCACUUAUUCGCUGCGGAACAGCGACUACAAGCAGGAGCAGCUGCCGCCCAUGAGCGACGCCUGCCCGCCGCUGCUGCAGCAGCUCGUCUACAACAUCCUCAAUCCCAGCCCGUCCAAGCGGGUCAGUCCGGACAUUGCGGCCAAUGUGGUGCAGCUGUUCCUCUGGGCGCCAUCCAACUGGCUCAAGGCUGGCGGCAUGCCCAACAGCUCCGAGAUUCUGCAGUGGCUGCUCUCGCUUACCACCAAGAUUAUGUGCGAGGGUCGCCCGCAGCUGCACCCGAGCGCCGGCGCUGCCACAGGACAGCGCGCCUAUGUGGAAUACUUGCUGAUCUGCAGCUUCCUGGCGCGCGCACGGCUGCGUCGCAUUCGCGGCGCCCUCAACUGGAUUCAGAAUGUGGUGGCCCCAUAGACGCAGAUGCUUCGUCUUACUUGUUACUCUGAUAAAAUCAAAUGGAAAAGCGUGUGAUACCUA